AGAUAACAUGGAGAAGACUGUAUGGCUUCCCAUUCCAUCUACGUGAACUUGUAUAAAUGAAGCAUCAAUUAACAUGAUCCGCCUCAAUUUCAAAGCGAACAUGGUCUGGUGGAACCAGAUCUUCGCACAAGCACUGGGUUUCCGCAUCAACUGGAUGGAGCCGCCUGACACCUUUCAUCCGUACCAUCAUCUCUAUAGGCGAUCAGUGUUUAACAAUCUAGAGAUUUUAUUGGAUAAGAACGGUCUGAAUGGGUACCACUGCGUGCGGCGAGCCAUUUGCGAGAUAGGACGCAUCGACGGACCGACAAGCGUGUAUUACAGAAUUUUAAAAAUGGUUUUCCGGCAACAGUCUUCAGCGACCGACAGAUGGCAUAAUGUGGCGGAUGAAGAAUGUCCUACGUCAAUCGAUUCUUGCCCAUUCUCAUUAUUGGAUGUAUCUCCGUAUACAGAUAUGUGA